GUCACGGGGAUCGCAGACAGAAGCUCCGGCGCCCGGCGCGCGGGAGGUAUCGUCGGUCACCGGGGCUUCGUUACUUCGUCGCCUCCUCACCUGCGGCGCGUCCCGGGCCGCUGCCUCCCGGAGCCGGGUGCCAGCCGCCGCCGCCACCGCCAUGGUGUCCCCGGUCACUGUGCCUGCAUUAGGGAAAUCUCCGCAGGAAGGAACUCUGUCAUCUCUUCUCACUGCUCUCACCCCUGGCAGAGCAAGGGCAGGCUUAGCCCCUGGAUCCACAUCUGCCUCUUCCCAGCCUCCUUCAUCACAGUCUGUUCAGUGCCAGGUGAAGAGUGAGGGACCCAAGCUGGUGCCCUUCUUCAAGGCUACCUGUGUGUAUUUCGUGCUCUGGCUGCCCUCGUCCAGCCCAUCAUGGGUCAGCGCCCUCAUCAAGUGCCUGCCAAUCUUCUGCCUCUGGCUCUUCCUCCUGGCCCAUGGCCUGGGAUUCCUGCUGACCCAUCCCAGUGCCACCCGCAUCUUCGUGGGGCUCGUCUUCUCCGCCAUAGGCGACGCCUUCCUCAUCUGGCAGGACCAGGGUUACUUUGUCCACGGUGUGCUGAUGUUUGCCGUGACCCACAUGCUCUACGCCUCGGCCUUUGGCAUGCGGCCAUUGGGUCUUCGGACAGGUCUGCUGAUGGUAAUAUUGUCAGGCCUGAGCUAUGCCUUCCUCUACCCAAACCUCACAGGUGCCUUCACCUACCUAGUGGGGGUCUAUGUGGCCAUUAUCGGCUUCAUGGGCUGGCGAGCAAUGGCGGGGCUACAGCUGGUCGGGGCAGCCUGGCGCUGGACUGAGCUAGCGGCGGGCACUGGCGCACUGCUAUUUAUUGUCUCAGACCUGACCAUCGCUCUCGACAAGUUCUGCUUCCCUGUGCCCUACUCGCGGGCAUUCAUCAUGUCCACCUACUACGCCGCCCAGAUGCUCAUCGCCCUGUCAGCUGUUGAGAGCCGGGAGCCAGUGGAGGACUACCGACUGAGCAAGGCCAAAUGAGGGUCAGGUUCUGGUCACCUCUCUCUUCUCCUGGGACUGGAGUCCAGAACCUGGGAGUCUGCCAGAGCUGGCUUGAGAUGACCACAGUACCAACCUGGGGCAGCAGGUACCACCUGUGAAAUGUGCAAGUUUGAGGGAUAAGCAGAAAAAAGAUUCUUCUAGCAAAGCUAGUGGUCCAGGACCAUGCUGAGAACUAAAAAAAGCCAGCCUAAUGCUCCUCGCCAGAGCCAGGAUCUUCCCACCUCUACCCCAUCUGGACUGUCAGAGCCCCUCUGGAGGGCUGUGGUGCUCAGCCUUUUGACCUCCCCCACUUCUACUAGAUGAAAGAGUCUGACUCACCCACUUCCACUCUUUCUGAUUUACACGGAGUUGAGUGAGGAGGGGAAGAGUCUGUGCUGAGAUGUCCAGGGCUUGAAGCACCUUUCACAGGCCCCUAGGUGGAAAGACUGGAUGAGGGUGGAGUCUCCCUUUCCUGCAUCUAUCCUUGUUACUUGAACAAUCUUAAUGUCUAAGUGUUGGGUGGGAAGGUGGAGGGGUGUCUGUCCAGGUAGGCAAGACUGGGGACUAUUUUGGCCUCGGGAGUUCUGCGUACCAAGGAUUCAAGUUGGUCCCAUCUCUCAAAGGGCAUCCGGAGCUCAGGCCCCGCACCACUACCCUCAGACCCUAUCCCCAGGGCUAGGGUGAACCAUGCCAAAGGAAGGGGCCAGCCUGUGUGUUUGUGUGUGUGAGUCUUGUUUGUAUGGUCUAUCUUCCAGCCUGCCUAUGUCUUACUUUGCCAGCUGUCUCUGACCUGCUGUGUGUCAAAGUCUUACAGGGAGAGGGCCUCAGGGAGCUGCUGAGGGGUUGCUGAGCCUGGCUCAGAGAGCUGGGCCACCCCCCACAUACACACCCACUCUCAGUUCCUUCCUCUUUGCCCCUGCUGCACUGGGAGCAAGAGGAAGGGGCUCCAAUUACACUCUAGGGUCAUAAGACCCAAGGCACAUUCAAUGCAAGGGGAACAAGGAUGGGACUACUCCAUCCUGUUGCUCACGUGAAAAAAAAAUAAAAAAAAUAAAACAAGA